GCCGUAAGGACGUUAGUCCGUCAGCCACCCAGCGAUUUACAACACUUCGCUCGUCCGUCAUUACAUUUACAUUUCAUCGCUGCCAACAUUUGAGAAAACUUUCAUUGUGGAGAAAAUUUCUCUUGGGUAAUUAGAUUAGUUAGAAAAUCGCGUAAGUUGUGUACUUAUACCUGAUUAAAAACUUUUUUUCACUCUGGUAUUUAUUUCAACAUUUCCAGAGUAAUCAUGCGUAAUUAAUUACACUUCUAAAACUUGGACGAUUAUUUUUUUUUUCAAAAAGCCUUAAAAUAAUUAUGGAAUCAGAUAAACAAUUAACCAAACUUAAAAACCUUCGGAUACAUUAAGAAUUGACACGCUAAAACCUAGCUGACAUUUGGAGGUUAUUUCAUCCGUCCGUCCGUAAAAAGUAUGAAGUUAUUGAACUUUUGACGAACGGGGGAUGGAAUUUUUCUGUUAUCUUAUUGUCUGCUGGUCACGUGAUUGACAGGAGGAGGGGAUGGACUAUUGUGAUUCCACUAUCUGUAAAAAUUGGUUUGUCCAAUUAGGCUGUGAAUAGAUAAAGCCGAAGAAAGACCAAUAUGUUUCGUGCGUAGUAUCAAAACUAUUUGUGUUUAUUUGUGCAGAAUACUUAUAAUGUAACAGAGAAAAAUCAAAAUUCCUAACAUAGUGUUUAAUAAUUUGCACACCAGUCUGUUAUUAAGUAUUUGAAAAUAUAAUUAGUUGUAGUAAAUAAUUUUAAUAUGUUCACCUUUAAAAUUAAGCUAAAUACUUUAAUCUUGCUACUGCAUAAAUAUUUUAUUUUGUUUUUACAAUUUUGGCUUUUUAUUAUUAAGAAGUGGCAGUUGAUUAGCACGCUAAAUGUAAACGUUGUUCCUUACUGGUAUGUGUUGUGCAGGCUAGGCUUAACGCCUUCUACUUCGAUUCGCGAUAAAAAAAAAAGUGAUCUUUGCACGCCCCUUUAAAUAUUACUUUGUAAUUUCAUGUCACUAUACGAUAAAAUUAUUGAAAUUCCUAACAAAAAAAAAAACUUUAUUUUGUCAUUUUACUAUUACAGUAUUUUUACAGCAGUUAUGCCGUACAGUUACAAAGGAUUUCUAGAGUAAAAAUACUCGAUCUGUGUUUCAACCUAUGGUCGGCACCCCCCACCUGUCCUCCCAAAUAUGCGCCCUUAAGGGUGUAUUGGGGGUCGGCUUACAGAUCAAUGUUAACAUUCCAGAACAAGUAAUAUUGAGACAAAGAUGUCUAGGGAUUACUCCACUCCUGUCGAUCGGGAAGGUGUUAGAGCUUCAGCCAUGACCAGAGACUAGGGCUACCCAUACCAGCACAGCCUCACUCAGAUAACCAGACAGUUGGCUGUGUUCUUAGCCCUUUGACCUUCUCAGCACUGCUGGCGCCUACAUCACACUGGGACCCCUCAAAACACCCAGUGAACCCGUGGUCCGGUGGAGGCCUAUCCAACCUCUGCUAGCUGAUAAAAAGUAAGAACUAGACAUACAAUUGACGGGGGCUCAUUGACAACUAGUCACGCCGACCGCCUUGAGUCCUGGACUCAUCAGAGCUACGAGAGAAAUGACGUAAUGGGCAGUCGCGUCUCCGCAGAGCGUGGCUACGACGCCAUCGACGCUACUGACAGCUGACGAUCACUCGCAGAUCACAAGCCAGACACACAUUGGUACGAGGUUAUCGUUCAGCGGGUCACUGGCUCAGCAGUAGCGCGGCCGCCUCACUCGGCAUCGCCUCUCUCGCGGCAAGGUCUCGGAUCAGAGACAUCUAACGGAAAAGGGCUCUAAUAGCGUGAAGUAUAUUGUCAACGAUGGAGAAGUCACCAACCCGAUUCAAGCAGCUGAUCCCACAGGUCCUGCUGGGACUCGUAGCUGCCAUGACGACAGUUCCUUCUGGCAUGAACAUGGGCUUCCCCUCGGUAGCUCUGACGCCGCUCACCAGCAACAACACCGAAGGACACCUUGACCAAGAGCAAGCUUCGUGGUUCGCCAGCAUCUCGUCGAUCGCCACGCCCGUGGGCUGCCUGGUGUGCGGCCCUCUGCUGGACCGGUUCGGCCGCCGCGCCGGCCUGCUGUCGCUCGCGCCCGUCUUCACGGCCGGCUGGCUGCUGCUGCUGCUGCGCCCAGCGUGUCCCGCCAGCCUGUACCUGGCACGCGUGGUUGCCGGCCUCGGCACGGGGCUGGCCAGCGUGCCGGGCGCCAUCUUCCUGGGCGAGGCGGCGGACCGGGGAGUGCGCGGCGCGUUCGUCGCCUGGCCGUCCGUCGCCAUCUCGCUCGGCAUCUUCGCCGUCUACGUGCUGGGCGCACUCUUCAAGGAGCACUGGCGCUCCGUGGCGCUCCUCAGUGCCGCCGUGCCGCCGGCGACGGCACUGCUCACCUACCUCUUCGUGCCGGAGACACCCACCUGGCUGCUGACCAGAGGCCGGGUCCGUGAGGCGGAGGCGUCCUUCAGGAAGCUGCGGAACCUCGACGGGACCCAGGACAUCCCGGAGGAUCUCGGCAGAGAGUUCCGGGCCAUGAGUGUCCGCGCCGCUGCCGAGCCGCCCGAGACGGGCGAUGUCGGCUACGUGGUCGCCUGCCGGCGGGCCCUGGCGCCUCUCAGGCUGCCACAGGCGUGGAAGCCACUCGUCGUCCUCAACACGUACUUCUUCUUCCAGCAGUUCAGCGGCAUCUACGUGGUGGUGGGCUAUGCCGUCGACAUGGUCGAGCUGGCUGGCGUGGUCGUCGACGCAUACACUGCUGCCGUGGUCCUCGCGACCGUCCAGCUCGUCGCUGGAGUGGUGGUCAGCUUCAUGAUGACCAGCUGUGGACGCAGACCACUGUCAAUUGCUUCUGGGUCCGGCAUGACAACAUGCAUGUUCGCCCUAGCCGUCUACCUGCAGAUCAGUGGAGUCGACUCACGCACCUCUCAUGCAGUCUGGCUCCCUCUGACAGCAUUGUCUCUCUAUGUUCUGAGUAAUGCCAUCGGGUUUCACACCUUGCCGUGGGCAAUGAUUGGAGAGAUUUUCCCGGCUCGAGUCAGUGGAUUGGCCGGUGGCAUAACCACCUUCAUGGCGUACCUCUUCAACUUCUUUGCUCUCAAGACUUACCCAACACUGAAGACCUCCCUAGGAGCGCCCGGCGUCUUCUACUUGUACGGCAGUGUCUCGCUGCUGGCUACCGUGUUCGUCGCCAUCUUCCUUCCCGAGACCCACGGCAAAACUCUGCACGAGAUCGAGGAGAUGUUUGCCCCUGGAAGGUGCACACCCGGCACAAACCACAAAGCUGAGGGGUGUGUGUGAGAUACUGCCACUUCAUCCGUGCAUUUCCCUCCGUCUGGUGCAAAUAGUGGACAGAAAUGUUUACAAUUACAUUAUUUGUUAUAAUGUUCAAAUAGUUUGCCCCUUUAUACUUGCAAUCAUAUAAUAUUGUAAGAUUAUAAAGAAUAUUUAAUUUUUUUAAUAUUUUCAUUUACUGCACUAUUUUUUCAACUAAACAUGAAGUAUUUAUUCUUAUCUACAAUAUUUAUUAUUUAUUUUUAUACUUGACUUCCAAAUGCAUUUAUUUUAAAUAAAUGUAAUUAAAUAGCUUUAAGAGAGAAAAGAUUUAUGUCCAAUAGUUUUUUUAUGAUUAGUAUUACUUUGUAAGUUAUUUAUCACACAAACAAAUAAAACCUGUUUGUAAUUUAAUAUAUAUUUUUUUUAAUUCAUGUACGUUUGUAUACUGUUGUGAUUUUAAAAAACUACCAAGCAAACAAA